AUGAAUAAUGUCGAGCCCACAGUCCCAUAUUCAGCGCCAACCAUUGGGAUUAGCCCGAUAUCGAUUCCUGGCAUAUCUAGCUUGCCUCGGAGUGACGGACUUGCAGAUGCCUACGGGUGUCUUCCCGCUGCAUCUGAGGACGGUGAGAUUGCAGGACCGGCCGUUGGGCCUGAUACUACUACAGUUGCCGGGGCUGAAAAUCUGCAUAGAAGUGACGUCUCUCCGUCCUUGCCGAGUGAUAUAAGAAAUCCGCCUGCAGGGGUUGAUAUACCCUCUUCUGCUGCUGUCUCAGAGCCUGUCGGACCUCAGUCUGAGGGGACGUCCGUUGGCGUUGGAUCUCGAUCUUCCCUAUACGAGCGUAUCCGCGCCCUUUUGGUCGAUACUGAUCCUGACAGAGAGGCUUUUCGUACGGACCUCAGCUUCUUCACUGCCUUUUAUAACGGCCUGAUCGAGAAACUUCUUCAUAGAGGAGGCGGCUUCGAUCAGUUCAGGCGUUCCUUUUCUCGCCACAUGAUGAUGAUGAGGGAAGAAGGAUAUCCGGAAUUGGCCGACUCCUUCACUACCGAUUUCGCUGCCCUGGAGUCAGAGAUACGAGAGUUGAAGGAGUUGGAGGUUAACGGGGCUUCUUCUUUCGUGUCCUCUCAGUUGGAGCAUAGGAUGGCACAGUGGUGUGACCUGAGGUCUUCCAUCGGGUGCGAGCUUCAGUCACAGGAGAGCUCCAUUGCGCAACUAAUGGCUAAUGUGGCGAGGAAAGAUACGGAGAGAGCUGAGCUACUCCGCUCUUUGGACUCGAACCGCGAGGAAAUGGCUAGGUUGAAGGAGGCCUUGAAGUGCGUUGAGGAAUCUACUGCUCUUAUUGUAGAUGACCUGGCUGGACUAGAGCAUUCUCGUGAACAGGCACUCGAGGAGCUCGGAUCCACCCAGGAGAGACUGAUGAAGCUGAAGAGUGAAGCCGCGGAGAUUUUAAGCAGUUCUGAGGAAUCUGCCCGAGCUGAUCUGCAUGCGGGACUUGAGCGGAGUUAUGUAGAUAGACUUUUUAGCUUAAAGUCUCAUAUUCUCAGCCGUCAGUUGCCUUCGGGCUAA